AUCCGGCCGUGGCUGGCCCGCCUUAGGACUCUGGAUGCGUGAAAUGCAGUCCUGGGGUCUCAUCUGCUCUCUUCACUUAAUUCCCCUCCCCCCACCCCACCUCUUAUUUCCAUUCCCCCUCCCUUCCUCUGCUGUCCAUCACUUAUAUCUUUCCCCCCAUAUGGUGUCCGUUUCUUAUAUGAGUCCCCCUCCUGUCCUUCCCUGUAUUAGUCCCCUGUCUCCUAUCUCUCUCUCUCCCUCUCUUCUAAUGACUACCUUACUACACCGGUGCUGCCCCUGGACCCAUGUUGCUCGUUAGGGAAUGCCUCUGCCCCAUGGUGGCUGACACCUGAUCUAGUCCCUUGUCCCAGGCGUUUCUCGUCAUCUACUUCCUCUACUUUUAGAUGCACUCUGCCGUGUGUCCCUCAACCCAUCUUCUCUUUCCUACCCCACAUCCCAUCUUGUCACAUGGUGUGUGCCUACUUCUUUUCCUUUGAUUCCCCAGCCUUCAUCACCGGUCCUCUUCUCUUGUCCCCUCUGCUUCCUGGGGUGAUGGAGACUUGGGGGUACCAAAACACAGGGUUUGACUGUUGGGACAGGGGCUCUUGGACCCUUGUGGAACUUCUCACUGCAGUAAAAAUUUCCCAUUUCCCCUUUCUCUGCCAUGUUCCUUUGCCUGCCAGGAUCAUGAUCUUUCUUAAGUCUAGACUGUGUGUGUGUGUGUGUGUGUGUGUGUGUGUGUGUGUGUGUGUGUGUGAGUUGUUCCUAAGCUAAGGUUCCCUGUGUCCCUUUCCCUGUCCCCUGAGGUCUAACCUGUUUGCCCCAGCUGCAGCCUGGAGCCGCAGCUCCCCUGUUCUGCAGUGGUUACAUGUAUCAGCAGCUCUUUCCUCUGGGCGCACCACUGUGGAGAUUCAGCAGCAGGCUUGUUGCCUCCAGUGUCUGUGGUCUAAGUUAUGGGUGGUGGUGGUUGUGCUGGGGCCUUUGAACUCUAGUGUUUUUUUCCUACCACCGAGCUAUAUUCCCCUGCCCGCCAGUGGUCUUUGUGCAUAGAGAAUAUUGGUGGUCUCCAAGGAAGCACUGAGAGUGAAAAUUUGAAAGUAUUGUGAUUUCUAGACACUUAGAUCCCAGGGGUUCAUCUUUCUCUCUGGCCUGCAGGUUGGGUAAAUUUGAGGAAUUACCAUAAUCAGUGAGGGGAUGGAGUUUUUCAGAAGUCACUCAAGGCACCGGAAUAAGGCCCCAAGGCCAUUUCUCUUGAAUGUGCCCAAUUCAUUAUCCGCAGAGAGGACAGCACUGGGUUUUCUUGCAGUGAACAUUCUCUAACCAGCGUCCUAAGCCUGGUUUCACCACUCUGAUGUCUCCAGUCUUGCUUUCCUGACUCCCUUAAGGCCCUUUGCUGUGUCCCCAUGAGUGGUGUGUGGCAGCUGCUGGCCAGACAUCGCAGAUGGGCCUGCGGGACCCUGGCACGCACAGCCCUUGGCCCGAUCUCCUCUGGAACCUGGUCUGUCUUCACAUCUCCUCUUGGGAUGUUCCUCUGUAUCGGGCUUGGCGGCUCCAGUCUUUCCUUCAUUCUUUCUUAGGUCCCUCACUGUGCCCAGGUGAGGUCUCAGCCUGUGGAGUCGGCUUCCUUCCUGUCCAUGAGGUUAGGUAGGGAGAGCAGGAUUGACUCUUGACUGCUGAGCACGCUGUGGACAAAGGCUGCUCUGGUCUCUGGUUUUCCUGACAGUUUAUUUCCCGCCUUCUCCCACCCUGAUCCUCCUUAGAAACGCUGUCUUCUCCCUGGACAGUUCCCCCAAAGGAGGAGCAGGGUAGGACUAGGGAAGGAGGAAGGUGUUCUUUGAACAUGGAAGCCCACUUCCUGUCUUCCAGAUGUUUAGCGCUCAGAAUUUCGUGACCCAAAUGUUCUUAAACACCCAUCUUCUUUCCCACAAGCUAGGUACCUCUUCUCCUAGACGUGUGGGGCCGCAUCCAUUGUAGCGGGCCACCAGUGCCUCCCCCUGACCUCUCUAUCUCUGGCCAGUUUCAGUAAAUCUCUCCCCCUCCACCCCACACACAAGGGAACGAGCAGAGCUCUCACCUUCUCCGGCCCCAGUCAAGUCCCUCUCUGUCAUGAGACUACUUCCCAUCCCAUCCCUGGAGCCUCCUAGGACUGACUCCUCAGUGUGAGGCUCAUCUUCUGACCCUUGAAAAUUGAUGGGCAGUUCAUGCCCAACAGGUCUCUUCGGGCAGGUGCCACUCCCUUCUCCCGCUUUUCAGACUCUUCCUUCCAUUUAGGUUUCUACGCCCACAGUAUAGCCCCUCCCUUACUGUUUGUGUGUCUCUGUCCCCCAGAUGUACGGGGACCCCCUGUGCACCGAACCCAAUACGUUCAUUCCCCAUACGAUCGUCCUGGUUGGAACCCUCGGUUCUGCAUCAUCUCGGGGAACCAGCUGCUCAUGCUGGAUGAGGAUGAGAUACACCCCCUUCUGAUCCGCGACCGGAGGAGCGAGUCCAGCCGCAACAAACUGCUGAGACGCACGGUCUCUGUGCCGGUGGAGGGGCGGCCCCACGGCGAGCAUGAAUACCACUUGGGUCGCUCGAGGAGGAAGAGUGUCCCAGGGGGGAAGCAGUACAGCAUGGAGGCCGCCCCCGCUGCGCCCUUCCGGCCCUCGCAAGGCUUCCUGAGCCGGAGGCUAAAAAGCUCUAUCAAACGUACAAAGUCACAACCCAAACUUGACCGGACCAGCAGCUUUCGCCAGAUCCUGCCUCGCUUCCGAAGUGCUGACCAUGACCGGGCCCGGCUGAUGCAAAGCUUUAAGGAGUCCCACUCCCAUGAAUCCUUGCUGAGUCCUAGUAGUGCUGCUGAGGCCUUGGAGCUCAACUUAGAUGAAGACUCCAUCAUCAAGCCGGUGCACAGCUCCAUCCUGGGCCAGGAGUUCUGCUUUGAGGUGACAACAUCGUCUGGAACAAAGUGUUUUGCCUGUCGGUCUGCGGCCGAAAGGGACAAAUGGAUUGAGAAUCUGCAGCGGGCUGUGAAGCCCAACAAGGACAACAGCCGCCGGGUAGAUAAUGUGCUGAAACUAUGGAUCAUAGAGGCUCGAGAGCUGCCCCCCAAGAAGCGGUAUUACUGCGAGCUAUGCCUGGAUGACAUGCUGUAUGCACGUACCACCUCCAAGCCCCGCUCAGCUUCAGGAGACACCGUCUUCUGGGGCGAGCACUUUGAGUUCAACAACCUGCCGGCUGUCCGGGCCCUGCGGCUGCAUCUGUACCGUGACUCAGACAAAAAGCGGAAGAAGGACAAGGCGGGCUAUGUUGGCCUGGUGACUGUACCGGUGGCCACUCUGGCUGGGCGCCACUUUACAGAGCAGUGGUACCCCGUGACCUUGCCAACAGGCAGUGGGGGCUCUGGGGGUAUGGGCUCGGGAGGAGGAGGGGGGUCAGGGGGUGGCUCGGGGGGCAAGGGGAAAGGAGGUUGCCCUGCCGUGAGGCUGAAAGCCCGUUACCAGACAAUGAGCAUCCUGCCCAUGGAGCUGUAUAAAGAGUUUGCAGAGUAUGUAACCAACCAUUAUCGGAUGCUGUGUGCAGUGCUGGAGCCUGCCCUGAAUGUCAAGGGCAAGGAGGAGGUUGCCAGUGCACUGGUUCACAUCCUGCAGAGCACAGGCAAGGCCAAGGACUUCCUUUCAGACAUGGCCAUGUCAGAGGUAGACCGGUUCAUGGAACGGGAACACCUCAUAUUCCGCGAGAACACGCUCGCCACUAAAGCCAUAGAAGAGUAUAUGAGACUGAUUGGUCAGAAAUACCUCAAGGAUGCCAUCGGGGAGUUCAUCCGUGCUCUGUACGAGUCUGAGGAGAACUGUGAAGUAGAUCCCAUCAAGUGCACGGCGUCCAGCCUGGCCGAGCACCAGGCCAACCUGCGGAUGUGCUGUGAGUUGGCCCUGUGCAAGGUGGUCAACUCCCAUUGCGUGUUCCCGAGGGAGCUGAAGGAGGUGUUUGCAUCUUGGCGGUUGCGCUGUGCAGAGCGGGGCCGGGAAGACAUUGCCGACCGGCUGAUCAGCGCCUCGCUCUUCCUGCGCUUCCUCUGCCCAGCCAUCAUGUCGCCCAGUCUGUUUGGGCUUAUGCAGGAGUACCCAGAUGAGCAGACCUCACGAACCCUCACCCUCAUCGCCAAGGUCAUCCAGAACCUGGCCAACUUUUCCAAGUUUACCUCAAAGGAGGACUUCCUGGGCUUCAUGAAUGAAUUUCUGGAGCUGGAGUGGGGUUCCAUGCAGCAGUUCUUGUACGAGAUAUCCAACCUGGACACACUGACCAACAGCAGCAGUUUUGAGGGCUACAUAGACUUGGGCCGCGAGCUCUCCACACUUCAUGCCCUGCUCUGGGAGGUGCUGCCCCAGCUCAGCAAGGAAGCCCUCCUGAAGCUGGGCCCACUGCCCCGGCUCCUCAACGACAUCAGCACAGCCCUGAGGAACCCUAACAUCCAAAGGCAGCCGAGCCGCCAGAGUGAACGGACUCGGCCUCAGCCCGUGGUGCUGCGAGGGCCAUCAGCCGAGAUGCAGGGCUACAUGAUGCGGGACCUCAAUAGCUCCAUCGACCUUCAGUCCUUCAUGGCUCGGGGCCUCAACAGCUCUAUGGACAUGGCUCGCCUCCCCUCCCCAACCAAGGAAAAGCCACCCCCACCGCCACCCGGUGGGGGUAAAGACCUGUUCUAUGUGAGCCGGCCACCACUGGCCCGGUCAUCCCCAGCAUACUGCACGAGCAGCUCGGACAUCACAGAGCCAGAGCAGAAGAUGCUGAGUGUUAACAAGAGCGUAUCCAUGCUGGACCUGCAGGGCGACGGGCCUGGGGGCCGCCUUAACAGUAGUAGUGUUUCCAACCUGGCAGCUGUCGGGGACCUGCUGCACUCCAGCCAGGCCUCACUGACGGCAGCCUUAGGGCUGCGGCCUGCCCCUGCCGGGCGCCUCUCCCAAGGGAGUGGCUCUUCCAUCACAGCAGCUGGCAUGCGCCUCAGCCAGAUGGGUGUCACCACGGAUGGUGUCCCUGCCCAGCAACUGCGCAUUCCCCUUUCCUUCCAGAACCCUCUCUUCCACAUGGCUGCUGAUGGGCCAGGGCCCCCAGGGGGCCAUGGAGGGGGCAGUGGUCAUGGUCCACCUUCCUCACAUCACCACCACCACCACCAUCACCACCAUCGAGGUGGAGAGCCCCCAGGGGACACCUUUGCCCCAUUCCAUGGCUAUAGCAAGAGCGAGGACCUCUCCUCAGGGGUCCCUAAGCCCCCUGCCGCCUCCAUCCUUCACAGCCACAGCUACAGUGAUGAGUUCGGACCCUCUGGUACUGACUUCACCCGUCGGCAGCUCUCACUUCAGGACAACCUUCAGCAUAUGCUGUCCCCUCCCCAGAUCACCAUCGGUCCCCAGAGGCCAGCUCCCUCAGGGCCCGGAGGUGGAAGUGGUGGGGGCAGUGGUGGGGGUGGUGGGGGCCAGCCGCCUCCCUUGCAGAGGGGCAAGUCUCAACAGUUGACAGUGAGUGCUGCCCAGAAACCCCGGCCAUCCAGCGGGAACCUACUGCAGUCCCCGGAGCCAAGUUAUGGUCCUGCCCGUCCACGGCAACAGAGCCUCAGCAAAGAGGGCAGCAUUGGGGGCAGCGGGGGCAGCGGUGGCGGAGGGGGUGGGGGGCUCAAGCCCUCCAUCACCAAGCAGCAUUCCCAGACGCCAUCCACGCUGAACCCCACGAUGCCGGCCUCGGAACGGACUGUGGCCUGGGUCUCCAAUAUGCCUCACCUGUCAGCUGACAUCGAGAGCGCGCACAUCGAGCGGGAAGAGUACAAACUCAAGGAGUACUCAAAAUCGAUGGAUGAGAGUCGGCUGGACAGGGUGAAGGAGUACGAGGAGGAGAUUCACUCACUGAAGGAGAGGCUACACAUGUCCAACCGGAAGCUGGAAGAGUAUGAGCGGAGGCUGCUGUCUCAGGAAGAACAGACCAGCAAGAUCCUGAUGCAGUAUCAAGCCCGCCUGGAGCAGAGCGAGAAGCGCCUGAGGCAGCAGCAGGUGGAAAAGGACUCCCAGAUCAAGAGCAUCAUUGGCAGGCUGAUGCUGGUGGAGGAGGAGCUGCGUCGGGACCACCCCGCCAUGGCUGAGCCGCUGCCUGAACCCAAGAAGAGGCUGCUCGACGCUCAGGUGGAGAGGCAGCUUCCCCCCUUGGGUCCAACAAACCCGCGUGUGACGCUGGCCCCACCUUGGAACGGCCUGGCCCCCCCAGCCCCACCUCCCCCACCCCGGCUGCAGAUCACAGAGAACGGCGAGUUCCGAAACACCGCAGACCACUAGCCCACCCAGCAUCACAGACCUCCUUCCUUGUGCACCCCACCCCGGAACAUCACCAACCACCAGGACUGGACAUCACCGAGGGACAGCAGGAUUGCCUCCCUUGGUGCCUCCUCGAGGCACCCAUCCGCCACCUCCACUGCACCAUUUCUAGGAGGGAGAGUGGGACCCUGAGCUGCCCUCUUCACCCCCAGGGACCCUCACCCCAGGACACCACCUACCCCACAGACCCCUUCACUCCGGGGUGCUAUCCCCACCCUCUGCCUCAUAGUUCCCCUGAGCACUGGGGGACAGACCCUCACACCCACACUGGGGGUGAGGCACCUCCAAACUUUCAACUUCAGGGUGAUUUUUUAGCAGUAACCAGAGCUGACAAUCUAACUCCCCUCCACCACCCCAUUUUGGCCUCCCCUGUCCCCCUUGUUAUGGGGAGGGGACCCCGGGUGAGGGGGCCCUAUUACCCCUUGAUUUCUCAGGAGCGUCUGGGGGGGCUCAGCACGCACAAACUCCUUCUCCUCUUUCCACUCUCUUACAUUUACUUUCCCCACCCAGAACCCAGAUGGGGUGGAGGGGGCCACCGGGGCAGGGAGGGGGCGGCAAGGGGGGAAUGGGGGUCGCCUCCCCUUCUUCCCACACCUGAUCUGCUCUUGGCUGGUCCCAGAGCGGGGUGAGGGGGCUUAUGCCCCCCCCUCCCCCAGUGUGUUGGGUGGGGUGGAACUGAGGUUCGGAUGAGGGGUUAGGGUUUGGGAGGCCACGUGUGCUGGGUUGUGGAGGACAGACUAGCUGAUCUGCCUUACCCCGACACACAGCCAGCCCCCUACCCUUCCCUCUUUUGUCUCUACUCCCAUGGGGAGGGGGAACUUACUCUAGGAAAAGCCAUGUCUCUCUCCCCCAGGGUGGGGGACCUGUGUUGGAGGAUGGGUGUUUGGGGGCCCCCUUCCAUGACUCUGUCCCCUGGGGGAGGUAGGACAGGGCUGGGCUUCCCUCUCACCCUCCCCCCUCACCCAGUCUCCCUCCCUCCCGCCAGCUCCACGAUUUUUCGGUGUUUCUCUGUACAUAGCUCUCUGGCGGGACAGGGGAGGUAGGAUGGAUGGGGUUUGGGGUGGGUAGGCCAUGGAAGGGAGAGAUCCCUCCUGGGUACCCCCUCUUCUCUGACUGCUGUCCCCUACCCAGCCUUGUCUCCUAACCCCUUCUUGCGUUUGGUAUUGAGAAUUCCUCCCAGACUCCAGACUCGACCUUUUGUAUGGACAGCUCUCCUUCGAUCUUACCCUCUACACACAUCCACCCAGCCGGGGCCAAAUUUAUACUUAUAUAAAAGUUGUAAAUAUGUGAAAUUUUAUCCCGUUCCCUUUCCUCUGCUUACCCCACUUCAGGCCCCGCCCUCGCCCUCCCCCCUCCUCUUUGGCUGUUGUAAUUAUCUGGGGUUUGUACUGUACAUAACGGGCUGGGGGCUGGGAGGCGACCCCUCUGUACAGAGCUUCCUGGCUCCCUAGCCCCACCCCUCACUUCUCCCCCCACCCACCACCUUAAGAGUACGAAGACCUCCUUCUUACUCAUUUUUGUUUGUUUACUCGUUCUCUUUACCGCCCCUACUCCCCGCCCCGCCCCCUUUCUCCCACUCCCAUUUCCUUUUUUUCUGGAGUGUGUGGUGAAACAGAAAAAUCAUGUUUAAUAAACGGAGAUUGUUCUUUUA